GUUGUUGACUGACUAGUAACUGGAACUGGAGUGCUGGAAAUGAUUCAGAGUUAAAAAGUACACGUCAAAUUAUUAAUUGAAUCUUACUUUUAACUUAUUUAUUAUGAAUGUUUUUUUUAGUUCUUAUAUCGUAUAGCCUUAUAUAGCCAGUGUCAUUGUAUAUUUAUUUGAUCUUUUAAUGAGGUACUAUGGCUCUUGAAUGCCAGUGUUUAAGACUGUUCAGUUUUCGUGGCUUUCGACUACAGCUACUGAGUAAAAGAGUCAGCAUUUCAAAUGUGUUAUUCUCUCAGCGAGUUAACUCACAUUUGCGAGGAAUAUCACCCACCUUAAAUUUCCGUUGGUCUUUCAAAAAUAACUAUAGACUAACUCAGAUGCCAGCUUCUGGCCUUUUACUUUUUUCUCUUGAUCCACAAACUCAAUUUGGCAGAAUGGGCCUUAAAUAUCAGUCAAACCACAAACGUAAUUUUGUAAAAGAAGUAAAGCAUCAAGGAAUAAAAUUUGUCAAAGGCAACGAAGUAGUCAAAGGUGUCGAAAGAGCAAUACUGGAUAAGAAGCAAAAGUUUCAUCAGACUGAAGAGCGAUGGAAAAAUAAUAGCAAAAAGAUUCUAGCAGAUAUCAAAGAAACUAAAUCAAAAAUGAAAGAAAGAAUGGAAGAAAUAGUAGAGAGAGAAAACAUUUGGACUGUUCCUAACUUUCUCUGUGUCUCCAGAAUUGCAAUAUCUCCUGCUUUAGGAUACUUAAUUUUGGAGCAGGAAUUUCACUAUGCCUUGGGUUUGCUCAUAAUUGCAGGAAUCACUGAUUUGUUAGACGGCUGGAUAGCAAGAACAUUUAAGAAUCAGUCUUCAAAACUGGGGAGCUUUUUGGAUCCAAUGGCUGAUAAAAUACUAAUCGCAACCAUGUUCCUGACAUUGACUUAUGCGGGAAUAAUCCCUGUUCCUCUGACCACGCUGAUCAUCUCUAGGGAUGCUGCCUUGGUUGCUGCAGGCUUUGUGAUCAGAUACAAGUCAUUACCACCUCCAAGAACGUUGAGCAGAUACUUUGACGUGACACAUGCCACAGCACAGCUGGCUCCUACGUUCAUCAGCAAAGUCAACACUAUGGUGCAGCUUGUAACUGUGGCUGCUACACUAGCAGCUCCCGUCUUCGGCUACUUGGACCACAUUGCUCUGCACUCCCUAUGGUACUUAACGGCCGGAACUACUGUGGCCUCUGCUGGGAGUUAUCUGCUGUCCAAGAACACCUUUAAAUUCCUUAAAAAAUCUUCCUAGACAAUAUUGCUGUAUUUACCUUUUUUUAAUUACUUGUCAUGAAGUUGUACAGUUCUCUCUAUCUUCAUUAUUUAAUAAUAAAAUUAUAUUUGAAAUA